CUGCCCGCCGCGCGACAACCGCCUCAGAACGCCGGUUGGGGCCGACGCGUCUCGGAGACUCAGGGACGCCAAGGCCCCUGCGACGAGGUGGCAGCAGCUCGGCCGGAGGCGUCAGGACGACGAGCGGCUUCCGGUGGUUGGCGCGCAGACCUGAGGGAGCUGGGCCCCCCUUCUCCGCCCGCGCCCCAGGCCCUUGCAGACCGGGAUUCGCGUCCUGGGGUGAGAAAGCAGCAGUGGCCGGACCGCCGAUUUUAUUUGGAGAAAAGCAAGCAUCUUUGCCUCUUUGGAGUAGGAAAUUCAGACUUGGAAAAGUGGUGUGGGGUUGACUGUUUCUCACCAUGUCUUCUCACAAGACUUUCGUCAUUAAGCGAUUCCUGGCCAAGAAACAAAAGCAAAAUCGUCCCAUUCCCCAGUGGAUUCAGAUGAAAACUGGUAAUAAAAUCAGGUACAACUCCAAAAGGAGACAUUGGAGAAGAACCAAGCUGGGUCUAUGAGGAAUUGCACAUGAGAUGACAUGCAUAUUUAUGCUAUAUCAAGAUUAUGAUCAUCUUACAAUAUCGAGCUGAAAAUGUCACCACUAUCUGGACUAUUUGCACAUGUUUUACUUAGAAUAUAUCUUUCUCUUUUUGUAUAUGCUCUGUGCUAGUAAGGUGGAUUCAGCAAUAAAUAUGUGAAAGCUUUUGUUUC